CACACUGUUAGAAACCUCACUGUGAUAUCAAAGAUUUAAACUUUAAAUAUCAGCUUUUGAUCGCGACUUAAGACAUUUUACGUUAACAAAUAAAUAAACAUAUGUACUUAACCGAAUAAAUACUUAUAUUUUUAAAGAAUACGGAGCUAUAAAAACGAUAGUUUUAUCAACUCAAACGUAUACUUGGAACUUAUUUUACGUAACUGAAAUUAAAACAUUUUUGGGUUCUUUUUAAUUUAAUUUUAUUUUAUUUUAUUGAGUUCGAUUUGAAAAUUUAAAAAGAUGGGAGAGUUCAAGACAUCGUUUAAUUCAAUCUUAAGCCGGGAUUUAAAACACAUUUACAGUGGGUUCCCCCAGGUUCUCAGAUACCGGCACACCAAACCGUAUCCUACACAAGAUCAACUCAAGAUUAAGGAGGAAAAUCAUCAACAGAAGACUUACGUGCUCAAGUCUUCCGAGUUUGUUCCAGAAUAUAGCUGUCUCAUACCACGUGCUCCAGCGUUCCGAAUACUUUCACGUCAUGAAGUAAACGGUGUGGUUUCCCGCCUAACCACGCCCACAAUAGCAAGUCAAGGCAUUUCUUCAAAAAGUGUCAACGCAAUGUUAGAUGACAAGUCAAGAAACCAUUCGAAAUACCUCGGACUUCAAAAGAUCGAUGAGCGGGAACAGACGAUGCUUACCGAGAGAAUGACACGCCCAACCCAGUCAUCGCGCAUGCGCGAAUAUCAAACCAGACGACAAAUGACGGAAAUUGCAUAAAAUGUAUGAAAAGACAUAUUUGUUUCGUCAGCAUAAUAAAUUUUACCGAGACAGCAUUAAUAAGCAACGUUUAAAACGUGUUACCUAUACAGUAUUAUUUGUUAUUUAUUUAUUUAUUUAUUUAUUAACGCCGUUCAGUUUGUGAAUGUUAAUAUAUUAGUCUGUUUACCUUUUUAUAAUAAAAUAACAUGUGUAGACUAGUUGAAACAUUUAGUCUUGCUAUGCCUUAAUCUAACAAUUAUAUUUUAUAUCUUGCUAGAGUCUUUCAUAACUUAUUUUAAAAGCAUCGUGUAAGGAUAAAGUAUGAUAAUUUUGCUUAUAUUUUAAGAAGAAAAUAUAGUCUGCUUAUUAUUUA